GGGCAGCACUGUCAGCCGAGACCCAGGCCCGGCUGUCACUGCCCCUCCAGGACGAGGCCGGCCAACGUGAGGAGCUGCCCCGCAGAGAACAGAUUUGGAGCAAGUCACGAGGUUUGAAAUAGCCGUCAAGUCACCUUGGCACCAAUUGGGUUGGGUCAGGCUCUUCCUACCCAGCCCAGCUCCGCUGGUCACCUGCAGAGAAAGGAGCUGGCCCCACACCUGGCCUUGGGCUUUGGAGGCGCCUUGACCACAGAGAGGACACCAGCUCUCACCCCCGGCAAGAGGAUCCUGCAAAAUCGCACUCAAGCUUCUGUCAGCCCUCCUUGGCGCCAGUUAGUGUCCACGAGAAGGAGUUCCUCUGACACCCGCCUCCAGCCUCCGUCCCGUCCCCCCAGUCCUGCCCAGCCCCUGCAGCCGUCCGGCUGAGCAGCCCCUCCCCAGGCACCCCUGGGUGUCCCCGGCACCCCGCCAUGGCGGAGCUGUGCCGCACGGACUCCUCGCUGACAGCCCUGGACGAGGAGACGCUGUGGGAGAUGAUGGAGAACCACCGCCACAGGGUCGUGCGCAGCGUCUACCCCAGCCGCCUCACGCCCUACCUGCGCCAGGCCAAGGUGCUGGGCCAGCUGGACGAGGAGGAGGUGCUCCAUAGCGCCCGGUUCACCAACAACGCCAUGCGAGUCGGGCACUUGUUGGAUUUGCUCAAGACCCGGGGGAAGAACGGGGCCAUCGCCUUCCUGGAGAGCCUGAAGUUCCACAACCCUGACGUCUACACCCUGGUCACUGGCCUGCAGCCCGCCGUGGACUUCAGCAACUUCAGUGGGCUCAUGGAGACGUCCAAGCUGACCGAGUGCCUGGCCGGGGCCAUCGGCAGCCUGCAGGAGGAGCUGAGCCAGGAGAAGGGGCAGAAGGAGGCGCUUCUGCAGCGCUGCCGGCGGCUACAGGAGCAGCUGGGCCAGGCGGAGGCCCGGGCUGCGGGCCUGAGCGAGCUGGAGGCCGACCACAGCCGCAUGAAGCGCGAGGUCAGCACCCACUUCCACGAGGUGCUGAAGCUGAAGGACGAGAUGCUCGGCCUGUCCCUGCGCUACAGCAGCGUCCUGGAGGAGAAGGAGCUGGCCGCCAUGCGCUGCCGCGGCCUGCAGGAGGAGCUGUAUCUGCUGAAGCAAGAGCUGCAGAGAGUGCAGGCGGCUUCCAGCUGCGAGCGGGAGUUUCAAGAGAGGAUGGCGGGCGACCCGGAGCCCGGAGAGGAGGAGCUGAGCCGCCUGAAGGAGGAGAACCAGCGGCUCAGGUCGCUGACCUUCAGCCUGGCGGAGAAGGACAUCCUGGAGCAGACCCUGGAUGAGGCUCGCGAGAGCAAGCAGGAGCUGGUGGAGCGGAUCCACUCUCUGAGGGAGCGGGCCGUGGCCGCAGAGCGACAGCGAAAGCAGUACUGGAAGGAGAAGGAGGAGACCCUGCUGCAGUUCCAGAAGACCAAGAUGGACUGCGAGAUCUACAAGGAGAAGAUGAGCAUGCUCCAGAGCCAGGUGGCCCAGCUGCAGAAGGAGCGGGACCAGGCCUACUCCGCGAGGGACGGGGCUCAGGUGGAGAUCUCUCAGAACCUGACCGAGAAGGACUCGCUCCGCCGGAAGGUGUUUGAGCUGACGGACGAAGUCUGCGAGCUGCGCAAACAGCUCUGUGAGCCACGGGCGGACUCGCCGAGUGGGCCCCCACAGGAGGCCGGCGCCAGGGGCAAGCAGCAGCUCGUGCGGAUGUUCGCCAUCUGCCCGCGGGACGACAGCGACAGCAGCCCCCUGAGCUCCUGCGAGGCCUGGUCCGACCUCAGCGCAGCGUCCGCCCGCGAGCCCAUGGGCAGCUUCCGCUCCAGCAGCCCGGUGCCCCCCAGCCAGCAGUCCCUGUACAAGCGGGCCGCGGAGGACCUGCGGGAAGACUCCUGGUCGCUAAGCUGCCCAGAAACCCUGGAGGCCGAGCCGGGCGCCUCCCCAGCAGCCAGGGCUGACGACACAGACCUGGAUUACGAGAUUGUGGACAAGGCAGGCCUUCCUGAGACCGAGGGCAGCUCACAGCCUUGCCCCGGGGGCUCUUCUGCCUCAGAAGGCAGCUGCCCCAUGCGGCGCAGGCGGGCGUGCAGGGCGCUGGGCCAGGUGGCGGUGCUGGCCUUCCAGGGGCGCCGGCUGCUGGAGCAGAUCAGCGUCAUCGGGGGCAACCUCACGGGCAUCUUCAUCCACCGGGUGACCCCCGGCUCGGUGGCGGAUGAGAUGGCCUUGCGCCCGGGCACACAGAUCCUGAAGGUUGAUUACGAGGCGACGGAGCCCCCGUUCCGGGCGGUCCUGGAGGACACGACGCUGGAGCAGGCCAUCGGGCUUCUUGGGCGGGUGGAUGGCUUCUGCUGCCUGUCUGUGAAGGUCAACCUGGAGGGUUAUAAGAAGCUGGUCCAAGAUCUGGAGGCCAAGGUGGCCACCUCGGGGGACUCUUUCUAUGUCCGGGUCAACCUGGCCCUGGAGGGCCGGGCGGAGGGGGCACUUGCUGUGCCCUGCAAUGACAUCCUCCAUGUCACCAAUACCGUGUUCCGGGGCCGUGGCUGCUGGCAUGCCCACCGCGUCAGCCCGUACACCAUGAAGGACACGGACCACGGCACCAUCCCCAGCUACUCACGGGCCCAGCAGCUGCUCAUCGCCGUCCUGCAGGACAUGGCUCAGCAGAGCGUGGCCACCCGCAAGGCUUCGGGGGGGCCCCGGAAGCUCGUCCGCAUCGUCAGUGCAGACAAAGCCAAGGGCAGCCCUGUGCGUGCAGCCUUCAGUGGGGAGCACUCGGACCCCCGCGGGCUGGAAGCCCCCUCUGCUGCGUGCUUCUGGGCCGAGAGCUGCCUCACUCUGGUGCCCUACAGCCUGGUGACCCCUCACAGGCCCACCCAGCCCCGGCCCGUGCUCUUCGUGCCCAGUGUGGUCGGGAGGCUCCUGAGCGAGAAGCUGUGCCUCCUCAGAGGGUUUGCGAAGUGCCCGGCAGAGCACUUGAGCCAGGAGGAGUACGAGGCCCGCAGCCAGAGAGGGGACAUUGUCGAGGAGCGAGAGGUGUUCGGCGGCCGCCGCUGGGUGACUCGCCAAGCCGUGGAGUCCCUGGCAAAAAGGAACACCCACGCCCUCCUGGACAUCCGGCUGGACGGGCUCUGGGCCCUGCACAGGAUGGAGAUUUUCCCCAUCAUUGUGCACGUCGCCAUCAACGAGAAGGCCGCUAGGAAACUCAGGAAGGGCCUGCAGCGGCUGGGCGCCUCGGAGGAGCAGCUGCUGGCAGAGGCCCGGCGGGAGGAGGGGGAGCUGGACGGAGCGCCGAGCCUGCACCGCGGCCUGGCCCCCGACGGCUGGAGCGACCUGGACACGCUGCUCAGCUCCGCCCGCCUAGCCAUCGCGGACGAGCAGAAGAAGAUCGUGUGGACGGAGCAGCGGCCCCACUGACGCCCCCACGUCCCUUCCUGAGCUGCGGGGGCCUUUGUGGCCCUCUCACCCUAGCUUGGGACUGGAGUGGGGAGGGCUGGCUGGGGGAGCGGGCACCACUACAGGGGUGCUCACCAUGCGAGCCCAGCUCUCUGGAAGCCAGCUCCCCAUUCUCCGUGGGGAUCUAACCUGGAACCCUAGCCACAUGCAGUUCGUUGCGGAGCAGCCUCAUGGUUCUGAACUUUCUCCACUCCUCACCAGGGCCCACAUGGCAUGAACCAGGGACCCCAGCAGUGUGUCCGCUGUGGGGGCGCCUCAUCAUGCAGUACCCCCUUUCCCCCCACUAGACUCUUUCCAGAUGAAGGCCACACUUCCAUUUUACGUUUUGUCACAUUCGAGGGCUCCUUCCAAACCCUGUGCCAGGAUCCCUGGUGCCCGCAAGGCCACGGCCCCCGCCCAGAGCAGAGGCACGAGCCUGUGUUUACCGUGACCCGGCCAACUUGCCCCAGCUUCUGACGGCCAAGAAAGGCCUCCAGGAUUCUCGUUGCAGACACUGGUGUGAGCCUGUUCAGCUUCCGAGUGGCGGAAACCCUACUUCAAGUGGGACGGUGCCUGGAGGCCGCUAAACCUGGCCCGAGAACCUGGGACGCCCACCUUGGGGAGGCCCGAGACCUGCCCAAGCAGCCACCGGGCCCCUCUGUGCCCGAGCCCUGUCUCUCCCUCCUAACCCAGCCCCUCCCCAGAGGCUUAGGGGGCCAUCCGCACGUGGAUCACCUGAGGACCCCCUGGGCCCGGCCUCAGCCCACCCCCAGCCUCGCUCCCCACCUCCAGGGCCAUCAGGGACCAAACGUCAGCACAGGGCCCCUGGAGAAAGUUGUUCUAGAAUUCAGGUAGGUUUUAUCAUAACCAAGUUCAGGAAGUGAAAUUCUCUGUAUUUUCCUAAAAUAAAAAGCUUUCCUGAGGCUCUGGCCUGCCUCUUUCUCCCCGGCCCCCCCACCAGCAUGGAGUUGAGGAGGGAGGGAAGGGCGGUGGGAGCCCAAACACUCUGGGGAAGGAGCCCCCUCUUUCUAGGGGUUCCUGAGUAGAGCUUCUG